AUGGUGCUCAGGGCGACCUACCCGGACGCCGGCUCGGGAUGGCAGCCUCACCGGGCCACGAUCACUCGGCUCUACCGAGAUGAAGGCCGCCCACUGAAGGAGGUCAUGGUGAUCAUGGCAGAAGAGCGUGGCUUCAAAGCAACUACAAAAAUGUACAAGUCCCGCAUCGCGCGAUGGGGCCUUGACAAGAAGAACAAACGCCACGAAGUCAAGGAGAUCCUCUGGCGGCGUGCCAGUAGGUGGUCGCUUGGUAAGGAGUCCGAGUUUAUCCUCAGAGGGCAGAUUGUCGACAUGGCCGAUGUCGAGCGCUACGCCGGACGUGCAGGGUUGGCUUUGUACCCGGACCAUUGUUCGCCCACUGAGCCAGGAGUUUCACCGCUCUCCUUGGGUUCCCCUGCCUCGUUACGGAACAUCGAACAUUUUCUUCACUCUUUCAAUGUCUUCGUGCGCGAUUCGCUGCAUUCAGGAUUGUGGAAGCUCGGCAAAGAUGUCAUGGGUUUCGCAUGCAUAGUUGGCGUGGAAUUUCCAAUCAGUCCCCGAGAUCGCUUCUUCCUGUCUAUCGAGAGGGGUGUCAGGAGGUACAAAGUGGGAGAUCUAUCGCAGGCUUAUCGACAGUGGCGCUCAGCAGGUCGUGAACUGCAAUUCGUCGUCGAGUCGCGAAGACCGUCCCAGCUACUUUGUCUGGUCGAGCUUUUGGCGUACCUGGCGGAAUGCAAGGGCGAAGUCGCCAACCAGCUGCUACAGUACCUCGGCGUUCUGGUCAACAAGCAUGUCAAUCACGAUGCUCGCAUGGCCGUGCUUCAGAGUCUGAGCCGCCUCCAGGCUGAAGACCUAGCCGGAUUGACCCAGGUAUCGCACGAUUGCUCUCGCAACGCCUUCUCCGGCCACUUCUACCGGAAGUCUUUCUUUCUCCUGGACUCCGAGACCAUCUUGAUGGACUCAAAUAAUGACCUGGACGAGUGCAGCCCGCAGCUGAGUGGCCUCCUUUUGGGAUGGGAGACGUACGAUGUUGGGGCACUCCGUGCGGCAAGAAGUGUGAUGGAGAUCCUCAUGGCAGCCGAGCGAUACGAGGAAGCCGAACAAAUCACACUGAUUCAUGUCCAACGAAUGCACGAAAUGCAGUACGACGGGGUGUUGGGAGGUGCUUUUUCUCACGCCUACAGCUACCUGACUCACCUGUACCUCAUGAGCCAGGACUACGAAAAGGCCUUCUAUUAUACGCUCUUGAAAGUCGAGAACUACUUCAAGAUGCUGGAAUAUCGGGCAGAUCUCCCUGAAGAUUUUAUCUUGUUGUCAUUUGACCUGCUGUCGUCACUGGCGAAAGCACUGGGAAUGGACGAAGAAGCAGAGAAAUGGCGGCGGAAACACACGAACCUCAAAGCUCAUACCGAUGCAUUGGCGGAAAUGGAGCUCUCGUGCCUGAAAUCCCAGGCUCAAGCAAGCCUCAGCAUCAACGUCCAGAUGCAGCAAAGCGAGUCUUCGCCUUCUGCCUCGCCAGAAGUCCUGUCCGCAACCUCGGUCGAAGACUCCUGCCGCAACUCAGCCCUACCAGUCCGGCCACACCCCGACCUGCUCCUUUCCUAUUUACAGAAACGGCCCAAAUGGUGCGGUCCUCCACCUUGCGACGCUGUCAACAACGAGAAUGGUUUCUUGCCUUCACACACAGACAGUACGCCCCCUGAUGUGGAUUGGCGAAGAUGGCGAUCCCCUCCGCCUUCCGGGGAAGGUGGUGGAGGAGCUGAAGCGAACCGCGAACCGUUCAGCCAUGUACGCAAACACAUUCCUUGUUCCUCGGACCGUAAUCUGGCAAGAGGGCACGAACACACCUGCAGUCUCUGA